UCUUGCGAGGAAGAUGAAAGUGACUCUAAUCGGUUAUUUAACGCUGCAAAUUUGUUUAUUUCAAUAGCUGCAUUACUGACUACGUUCCAAGUCCAGUCAUCUGAUGUAGAAACUCUAAAAUGUUAACACUUAUUUUUACAUUUAUAUCUGAAGAGCUACCAAGAUUUUGAAGUAUGUUUAUACAAUUUAAUUGCAUGCUUCUGAGGCCAUGUACGAGUGGUCAUUUUGCCCACGCAUGAUGCCCUCUCCCAUCUACACCGUGACUGAAUAUGGCGGAGUUGGAUGGUGGAGAAUUCUCCGGGAAUUGUUCACAGAGCAGCAUGGCUAACAAUAAGAACGGCAGCCUCCGUUGCACGUUCUCAGCUCCUAGUCACAGUAACACCCUGCUGAGGGGUUUGUCCGCGCUGCGAGAUCAAGGCCAGCUGCUGGAUGUAGUGCUUGCUGUCAACGAAGAACGCUUCCAGGUUCACAAGGCAGUUCUGGCCUCCUGCAGCGACUACUUUAGAGCUAUGUUCACUGGUGGGAUGAAGGAGUCAAACCAGGAUAUCAUCGAGUUAAAGGGCUUGUCAGCCCGUGGACUGAAACAUAUCAUUGACUUUGCCUACAGCUCAGAGGUCACUCUAGACCUAGACUGCAUACAGGACGUCCUUGGGGCUGCCGUCUUCCUCCAGAUGGUGCCAGUGGUGGAGCUCUGCGAGGAGUUCCUAAAAUCUGCCAUGAGUGUCGAGACGUGCCUGAACAUCGGCCAGAUGGCCACCACCUUCAGUUUGUCCUCUCUGAAGGAGUCGGUAGACGCCUUCACGUUCCGCCACUUCCUGCAGAUCGCAGAGGAGGAGGACUUCCUCCACAUCCCCAUGGAGCGGCUGGUCUUCUUCCUGCAGAGCAAUAAGCUACGCAGCUGCAGCGAGAUUGACCUGUUCCACGCAGCCAUCCGCUGGCUGCAGCAUGACGAGGUGCGGCGCUCCAGCGCCAGCCAGGUGCUCCAGCACGUGCGCUUCCCGCUCAUGCGCUCUUCCGAGCUGGUGGACAGCGUCCAGACUGUGGACGUCAUGGUGGAGGAUGUGCUGUGCCGGCAGUAUCUCCUCGAGGCCUUCAACUACCAGAUCCUGCCAUUCCGGCAGCACGAGAUGCAGUCGCCACGCACUGCCAUCCGCUCGGAUGUGGUGUCGCUCGUGGCCUUUGGCGGCACACCUUACACAGACAACGACCGCACGGUGAGCAGCCGGGUGUUCUGUCUGCCUGACGGUGCGACUAGGCAGUUCCGCGAGCUUGCCGAAAUGGAGGCUGCAUGCAGUCACGCCUGCGUAGCGGCUCUUGACAACUUUGUGUACGUGGUGGGCGGCCAGCAACUGCAGUACCGCAGCGGAGAGGGUGCCGUGGACACCGGCUUCCGCUAUGACCCCCACCUCAACCAGUGGCUGCGUAUCCAGCCCAUGCAGGAGAGCCGCAUCCAGUUCCAGCUCAACGUUCUCUAUGGCCGGCUGUAUGCUACCGGGGGACGGAACCGGUCUGGCAGCCUGUCGUCCGUCGAGUGCUACUGCCCCAAAAUGAAUGAAUGGACCUAUGUGGAGCCGCUGAAGAGGCGGAUAUGGGGUCACGCAGGGGCAACUUGUGGUGACAAGCUCUAUAUCUCUGGAGGUUAUGGGGUGUCUGUGGAGGACAAGAAGACCGUCCACUGCUAUGAUCCGACCAUGGACCAGUGGGACUUCAAGUGCCCCAUGGCCGAGCCACGGGUACUGCACGCCAUGGUCAGCGUCGGUGGCCGCAUGUAUGCACUGGGAGGCAGAAUGGACCACGUGGACCGUUGCUUCGAUGUGCUGGCUGUGGAGUACUAUGUGCCGGAAACAGAUCAGUGGACGACUGUCAGCCCCCUGCGCGCGGGGCAGUCUGAGGCCGGCUGCUGUGUGCUGGACAGAAAGAUCUAUGUCAUCGGAGGAUACAGCUGGCACCUGAAUAACGUCACAAGCAUAGUCCAAGUCUAUAACACAGAGACGGAUGAGUGGGAGAGAGAUCUACACUUCCCAGAGUCCUUUGCUGGAAUUGCCUGCGCACCUAUAAUACUGCCACAAUCCGUCACUCAGCGAUGAUGCGUUGGCUCGAGAAAUGUGAGGUGAUUUUUGCACAGUUAAUCUGGGUUUGAGUUUUAUUAACAACCCCCUGCUUCCUUAACCAGUUGAGUAUUGGUUCGGAACUAGAUGAUUUAGUGACGUCCAUGUCUACCUUUGGUAGCACCUUCUCAGCGAUAUAAGCAACGAGGGGGCACUUUUUAGAUAGCUUGUUCAAAAUGAGAUGACCUCAGGGGUAUAGUUUUUUUUUCUACUUUGUCUUGCAUGCUGUGUCUAUUGCAAGGCAUAUAAAUGAUUUACAGUCUCAUAUGUUUUGAAUGUCUUGAGAUAAGCCUUCCAAAUGUGAUAUCUUGAGAACUAUGUCCUCUAAUAUGAAAUAUGUAAGUGACGAUCUAUAACAUGCAAGUCAUGCAACACAAACAUUAGUUUUGAGUAGAGUGAAUCAAAUCUUGCAGAAAAUCAGACAGCUACAUACUCUAUGCACCUUCCUCUAAAAUCUUCUUAAGGGUGAUUUACAGAAUCAGUCAGGCAUUCAUGUUGGUACUUACUGAAUCCUCAGCACUUAGUGAGUACUUGGUGUUCUUUAAGCAUAUGGAUAUUUUGCUACACCUCAUGGUUGGUGGUUUAAAAAACAGCACCAGUGGUCUUCACAAACCUGUGGGGAAAAUUCUCAACUUGUUAGCAUGUAUGGUUGCUAAUACAUGUAAAAGUAAUGUGUGCCCUCGUUCUAACUGUAUUAAAUUUAGUACACUUUAGUGUAGAAUGAGUUGUCUUUAUUUUUAAAUAUAUUCUUACCAAAGCAUAGGAUGAACAAAUUUUAAUGCAAUAUAAGAAAUAAGAAAUUAAUGUUUUCAGAACCUUAACCAGUUACAUAGAUCAAAGUCUUAAAUAAGUAAAUUAUCAUUGUGAAAUAUCACAGAUUCUGAAAGUCAGCAAGCACAUUAUGCAUUUGUUAAUGCACUUUAACUUGGUGUGGACUAGAGUACUUUCUUCGUCAUGGCUCAGUGGAAAAAUACUUUGGACUGACUAAAAGUCUUGUAUAGUUUCCAUAGUGUUACUGCAAACUGAGGGGGAAAAAAGAAACAUCUUGUGGUCUUGCAUAAGUGUGCUACUUUUCCUGAAAUAUAUGUUGUAAGACUGCCUUGGCAUGCUUUCUUUCCCACAUGUGAAUGUAUAAAAAUCACCAUGGUCUUAAAUACUGCAGCUUUUAAUAUUUGGUAACACUGGAUAAUGCUGUAAGAUGUUUUCUAGUAUUUGUUUGUGUUUACACAAUUUGGGUUUAUGAUGUGGUUGUAUGAUACAGUUUAAUGAGCAAGUAUGUGAUGUGAUAAUAUGCUGGUAUAAGAUUCCAGCUUGUUGUAAUCUAAAAACUAUGAUUUGUCUCCAUGAAAUGUAAGCUAUUGGUAAAUUGUAGCUAAGGAUGUGUAUAGGACACUGCAAGUGAGUAAAUAUUCUGCUUUCAUGGCAUUGAACAGGAA